AUGAUCAUAGAGAAUCAAAGGUGCUUUGGAAAAGAAAUUGCAAAUUCAGCUAUCUAUCAGUCGAUGGAGUCAGGUAUGAUCGUUGAAAAAACAAAAAAACCUUUUUCCAUCAUUCCAAGAGUAUUUGCAAUCAGUUUGGAUGAGAAAGAAAAUAAAAUCUUUAGAAGAGAAUCUGAAAGAAUUCAAAUAGAGAUUGAAAGUGAUAAACAUAAAGAGUUUAAAAAUCCUUAAAGCGUACAUCUGUAUGCCGAAGAGAUAAUCCAACAUUUAUUAAUCGAAGAGGUAUCUAAUAAAAAUUAUUUAUUUAGAACAAAUAUUAAAUAGAUGAAUAUAUGACCCCAGAACUAUAGCCAAAUAUAAAUAUUAAAAUGAGAGCAAUUUUAGUAGAUUGGCUAAUAGAUGUACAUGCUAAAUUUAAGUUAAGAGAUGAAACAUUAUAUCUUACAAUUUCUUUAAUAGAUAGAUAUUUAUCUAAGGCAUAAGUCACAAGAUUGCGUUUACAAUUAGUAGGUGUAGCAGCACUCUUUAUAGCAUGUAAAUAUGAAGAAAUAUAUCCACCUGCAUUAAAAGAUUUUGUUUAUAUAACUGAUAAUGCUUAUGUUAAAAGUGAUGUUUUAGAAAUGGAAGGUUUAAUAUUGUAAGCUUUAAAUUUCAAUAUUUGUAAUCCAACUGCUUAUUAAUUUUUAUCAAAAUAUUCUUCUGAAUUAGAUCCAAAAAACAAAGCUUUAGCUCAAUAUAUAUUAGAGCUUGCUUUGGUUGAAUACAAAUUUAUAGUUUAUAAACCAUCAUUCAUAACUUAAGCUGCUAUAUUUUUAGUCAAUAAAAUAAGGUAUCAUAUAAAUUUAUUUCUAGAUCUCCAAAUUAUAGAACCUAAAAUGAAGCUUCCUUAAAACCUUGUGUUAAAGAAUUAUGUCAAUUAUUAUAAACUGCUGAUCUUAGUUCAUUAUAAGCAGCAAGGAGAAAAUUCAACUCAGCUAAAUUUUUUGAAGUCUCAAGAAUUAAAGUGGAAAAAAUCAACAAAUGA